CUGGGGUAACAGUAAUGUACUUAACUGGCAUUACUUGUGUGCUUUGCAGUUACUCUGUUACUUUGACUACUGUUGCAGCUAUUACUAUUGAAACUAAGUUCAUCUCCGCAAGUGCUUACUGGCAGUUGUAAUAUACACUACUAUUUAAAUAUGACCUGUCCCGCUUGAGUUGUCUCUGGAUGUAUAUGUAUACAUCUACCUAGUUCUUCGGGGCUCCAAACCAAAGACUGGGCGCUUUCAUCCUCUUGGGUUGUUGAGGGGGAGUUCCGUAUUUUCUUCCCCGGCAAACGGGCGUGCGGUCAGAAAUGGUAUGGUCCAGGGGAAGCAUUGAGUCCGUUUGAGCCUCGAACGCAGCUAAUGUCAUCUUCAGCACCACGCGCCGGUGCCUGGUCCAAAGAUUUUAAAUUACACGAAAUAUACAGUCGUCUUGGACGUUUCCUCCCACCAGCCAUGAAGCAGGCUCUACUCGAACUGAUGAGGAUGAGCAGAAUUUGCCGGAUGGUGCUCGCCACUUGUUUGGGAUCUUUUGUUCUGGUCAUCUUUUAUUUCCAAAGUAUGUUCCAGCCAGUCAUGCGCAGGAACCCAUUUGCAACAGAAGCUUGUUGUCCCAAAGGCUCCCAUAAUGCACUGCAGGAGCUGUACAACCCCACACAGGCGGAGUUUUCCGGCGCCUCCUUCCUGCACCAGGCGCGGCGGGACCAGGUGGCGGAGGCGUGCCGGGCGCUGGGCCCGCCCGGGCGGCGCCGCCGCGCCCUGACCCCCGGCGACCUGCGGCACCUGGUGGUGGACGACGAGCACCAGCUGCUGUACUGCUACGUGCCCAAGGUGGCCUGCACCAACUGGAAGCGCGUGAUGAUGGUGCUGACGGGCGGGGGCCGGUACGCCCACCCCAUGGACAUCCCGUCCAGCCAGGCGCACGUGCCCGCCAACCUCAGGACCCUCGACCAGUACAGCGUCCCCGAGAUCAACCACCGGCUCAACAGCUUCCUGAAGUUCCUGUUUGUGCGCGAGCCGUUCGAGCGGCUGGUCUCGGCCUACCGCAACAAAUUCACGCUCAAGUACAACACGCCCUUCCACCGGCGCUUCGGCACGCUGAUCGUGCGGCGGUACCGCCCCAACGCCACGCAGGAGGCGCUGCGGUCCGGCGCCGACGUGCGCUUCCCCGAGUUCGCGCGGUACCUGGCGGACCCCGCCACGCGGCGGGACGGGCCCCUGAACGAGCACUGGGCCCCCGUGCACUCGCUGUGCCACCCCUGCCACCUGCGCUACGACCUGGUGGGCAAGUACGAGACGCUGGAGGACGACGCCAACUACCUGCUGCGGCUGGCGGGCGUGGCCCCCCGCCUGCGCUUCCCCUCCUUCGCCAAGUCCACCCGCACCACCGACCAGAUGGCCGCCGCCUUCUUCCACAACGUCAGCGCUCAGCAGCAGGCCCUGCUCUACCAGCUCUACCGCCUGGACUUCCUCAUGUUCAACUACUCCACGCCCAGCUACCUGCAGCUGCACUGAGCAGCGGCCUGAGCAGUGGCCUGAGCAGCGCACUGAGCAGCGCACUGAGCAGCGGACUGAGCAGCGGACUGAGCAGCGGACUGAGCAGCGGACUGAGCAGCGGACUGAGCAGCGGCCUGAGCAGCGGACUGAGCAGCGCACUGAGCAGCGCACUGAGCAGCGGACCGAGUGCUGGGGGCCUCCCUGUGGCAGCAGGGCCUGUCCCAGCGUCCUCAUGCAGGCCAGGGGGUGGGAGAGGGCGGGUGGUUGGGGAUGGAUUCUGGAAUAAAACCCCAAACCACCCCCCUGGAUCAUUGCUAUUCUCACCGAAGGGACACAGACCACAGAGCUGCAGGCCCCGGCAUCGUCCUGCAGCCCCGCUUCGCACGGUUGGCUGAUUCGUCCGCCCGUCUCCUCUGGCUCCGCCCACAGACAGACUCGAAGCCCAGAGCUGCAGGAAGGACACAGCAAGGAGGGCGGGUCCAGCUGAGGAGGGGUGUGUUUUGGGGUCAGCGGGGUGGUAUCUCAGAGCCUCCUGGGUCGGUCCAAAAGGCCGGAACCAGACCCCAAACCCUGCAUUUAUCACCAAA